UGGGGGAAUAGCUUUAAACCUUUCACUCUGAAUCUUUGACAGACUGUUCUGCAGGUGGCUGCAGGCUUUCCGCGCAUGCGCACUUUCACACUCCGGUUACGUUUUAAGAGAGGCGGGCCGGUUGCAUAGUGACGCGUUUCAAACAAUCGGCGCAUAAUGGCGUCCGCUAUCGAACGUUUGCUAGCAGAAAUAGCCGAAGUUGAGGAUCCAAUCGAGGGACUCAGGAGCCUAAGGACAGCUGUUUUGGCGACCCCUGCUAUUCCGUUGAGGGAAACCGUUUCGAUUGCGCAGCUGGGAAUCAUUUUCUCGCUGCUGAACACAAAUGACAAGGAGCAGAUAGAUGUGUGUGUGGAGAUUUUGGGAAGGGUCUUGGAGGUAUUGGACCCGGCUCACCUGGCCUUCACCUACAAAGUGGAGCUCCAGAGUGGACUUAACCAUCCUAAUGAUUCUGUCAAACUGCUCUCUCUCACUCAGAUCAGGCGUGUGCUUGGCAAUGCUGAUGGGGUUAAAGAGCUGACAAAUAAUCCUGAGAUUUUACAAGAUGUGAUCCAUUGCAUGGUGGCAGACAGUAUAGGUGUAUCUAAAGAGGCGAUAUCUGCUCUCAGCAAGCUAACUGACACAAAGGCAGGGCUUGAUGCUCUGUUUCGCUCUGAUUUGUUGGAAAAACUAAAAAAUGUGAUGGCCGUCAGCGACAUUGUCAGAUACAGAGUGUACGAGCUGGUGGUGUUGAUCUGCUCCGUGUCCCCUGUCUCACUGGGUUACUGUGCCAGCAGCAACAUUGUCUCCAAACUACUCGAGGAGCUGACUGGAGAUGAUGUUCUCCUCAGAGUGACAGCUAUCGAGAUGGUUACCAAUCUGGCUCAGAGCCAUCAUGGCCGUCAGUACUUGGCCCAGCAAGGAAUCAUGGAUAAAAUCUACAACAUGAUUGUGGCUGCAGAAUCGGAUCCCUUCUCUAAUUUCUACCUGCCAGGCCUUGUGAAGUUCUUUGGGAACCUGGCCAUUAUAGACAGCCCACAGCAGGUGUGUGAGAAAUACCCAGCAUUCCUCAACAUGGUGUUUGCCAUGGCAAUGUCCCCUGACUCCACACAAAUCCCUGUUGCUCUGGAUACACUGGGAGUGUUGGGUGGCACUGUUGAGGGCAAGCAAGUUCUGCAUAAAACAGGUGAACAGUUCAACACCGUGGUAAAGAGAAUGAGUCGUUUAGCCCAAGAUGGAGCUACUGAACUUCGAGUGAGGAGCCUGGAGGCCAUUGCUCAGCUUUUGACAUUACCAGUGGAGCAGCAAACUGAUGACCUGUUGCUUUUAACAGAGUCAUGGCUCUGUUCUCUGAGCUCAGAUCCAAUGGAAAUGAUCAAGAACAUCAGCACCCAGCCAUUCCCUGAGUUACACUGCAGUGCACUACACAUAUUUACUGCAAUUGCAUGCCAGCCUUGGGGCCAGCGGAUGAUGAUGUCAUCACCAGGAUUUGCUGAAUGGGUGGUGGAGCGCUCUGUUAGCAAGGGAAAGGAGGUGAAAGACUGUAAGUUCGAGCUGGUCGGUGCACUGUUGAGCUCACCUAGCACACAAGAAAUAUUUGGCGCUCAAAAUUACAUGAAGCUGAAAAGAUACCUAAAGGAGGGGCCCUAUCACGUCGAGGCCAUAGCUUCAGUCACCACCGAGGGAGCAGACUAAUGUAAAAAGCCAAACAUUUAAUACUGUUCAUUCAUUUACAGAAGUGUAGUUCUUUUCUAUUUACAUAAAGACUUUCAGAACUUAGUACACAACCCAAUACAUCUUAGAACCACAGUCAAAUCUUCUGGGUUUUUUUUGUAUUAAAGCAUUCAAGAUUAAACAAAUCUCACACCACAUCCCAUUAGCGUGCCCACCAGGCAAGUAAAACCUUAGAAAAAUGGCUUAUCUUAAUGAAGUAUAUUUACACAGAAUGUGCUUCACAAAAUACAUUAGAAUGCAUCUCAGUAAUAGCUAGUUAAAUAGCUAGGUAUUUACAAUAAAGUGUUUGAAUUGAUAAAAUCUCAUAUAGGGGAUGAUUUACACAGUGUAUUCUAAAGUCAUUAGAAAAUUUGACUUUUCUUUGUCUGGUUGAACAAGAAAAAAAAAAAGGGCCAUCAUACUGAUCUUACUUGUUUGAAACCGUAAAUUAUAUAUAGGAUGAUUGCUACUGAUUUAUCUUCCACUGAAACGGUGUAAAUUUUUAAUACACUAUAAACCACACCACUAUCAGUUUUAUAGAAAUGUUGGUGGGGAAAACUGGACAUGCAAUGACAAGAAGAUACAAAUCUGGAGUAACAUCUGGUCACUUACUAGUGUAAACUCACAAAUUGCUGAAAAAUGUUCUAAAAUGCUUUAAAUACACAUCUAACCCCUGAUUAACAGUGGUGUUCAUUUACCAAAAGUGAUUCCAAGUGCAAGUCAUCUACACAUCAUUGAGUAAAGCACUAAUGUUUGUGUUACUUGUUGGGCUAAAUUGAAUUUGGCUCUUUUUUUAUAUCUUUGUUACUAUUUUUUGCUAUUAAUUCAUCUGGUUAUAUUUUUUUCUGCUGGUUGAUUUCAUCAUUGAAUUUGGUUGUUUUUGAAUUGGUGUGGUGUUCAUAAUAAAUUAUUUUUAAGAAA